CGGAACAAGACAGAAAAAAGCCUUUGUGACGACUCUGCACCUCCAUGUGUGUGUGAGUGUGUGUGUGCUGCUGUCACAACGGGGACAUCGUGGGAAACAUCGUAGUCUUCCUCAUCUGACCGCGAGCCGCUGACCGACAGGACCCGGACAUGGCGACCCCCGGCUCCUGCGUGGUGAUCAGUGAUGACGAGCAGGGUUAUGACCUGGACCUUUUCUGCAUACCAAAGCACUAUGCCUCUGACCUGGAGAGGGUCUACAUCCCACAUGGACUCAUCUUGGACAGGACAGAGAGACUGGCCAGAGAGAUCAUGAAAGAAAUGGGGGGCCAUCACAUUGUGGCCCUCUGUGUGCUCAAAGGGGGCUACAAGUUCUUUGCAGACCUGCUGGACUACAUCAAGGCCCUGAACAGGAACAGUGACCGCUCCAUCCCAAUGACAGUGGACUUCAUUCGCCUCAAGAGCUACUGUAACGACCAGUCGACCGGUGAAAUCAAAGUUAUUGGUGGAGAUGACUUGUCUACACUGACGGGCAAGAAUGUCCUGAUCGUGGAGGACAUUAUCGACACCGGGAAGACGAUGAAGACGUUGUUGGAGCUCCUCAAGCAGUACAAACCCAAAAUGGUUAAAGUAGCAAGUUUGUUGGUGAAGAGAACUCCAAGAAGUGUUGGCUACCGACCAGACUUUGUUGGAUUCGAGGUCCCUGACAAAUUUGUGGUGGGAUACGCGCUAGACUACAACGAGUACUUCAGGGAUCUAAAUCAUAUCUGCGUCAUUAGUGAAACAGGGAAGGAGAAGUACAAGGCAUGAAGAGCACUUCAAAACAAAUUAAAUGUAUGGUUAUAUAUUUUCUUUUUGCAGUCCAUUUUAUA